UAGAUUUUGUUUUAUAAUUUGCGGAUUGCAGUAACCUGUGGUGUAUCAUGAACAAUGGUGGGGUGUUUCAUAACCUUGUCGACGUACUCGUUAUACCUUUAAUAGACAGUAUGACUGAAAUUAUCUAUAGUUGCAAGUCAGGGACGUUAUAACGAAUUUAAAAAUAAUUUUAGAUCCAAUUGAGAAAUUUUUAAAUAUAUUAGUAGUACUGUUUUAUAAGUAAUCCAAGGAAUGGCGUUAGUACGUAAAUUUCAUCAACUGUCAAAGUCAAUUUUAAUUUUAAAUUCAACGUCCGUAAAAUCUGUAAAAAAUAUUCCAGUAGCUUCAUUCGUACGAACAUCGUCAACGUCUCAACCGCUUUCAGAAAAACAAGAAGUAAAUAUAACAUUCGUUAGAGCUAGCGGUGAAAGGAUAAAAGCGAAAGGCAAAGUGGGAGAUACGAUUUUGGAUAUAGUCGUAAAUAACGAAGUUGAUUUGGAUGGUUAUGGUGCUUGCGAAGGAACACUAACUUGUAGUACUUGUCAUUUAAUUUUUCCUAAGGAAGUGUAUGAUAGUCUACCUGAUAAACCUACAGACGAAGAAUUAGAUAUGCUUGACCUAGCAUAUGACUUAACCGAUACAUCCAGAUUAGGGUGUCAGAUAGUCAUGACAAAAGAAUUAGAUGGCAUUGAAGUGAAGGUUCCAACCACGAUCAAUGAUGCACGAGCCUGAUGUGGUUGAUUCGUAGUUCCAUUGUGUCCAUAUGAAGUAAAUCAAUAGAAACGCCAAUAAUACCAAAUGUGGAUGCUCUUUAUAGAUAGUAAAACUAUAUAUAUAUAUAUAUAUAUCCUUCAUACUACAUUGAUACAAAUUAAUUUGAGCACAAAUGUAAUAUUAUGUAUAUACUGGUAAAAAAAGAUUUAUAUAAUCUUUCGUAAAAUCUAUAAAUAUUUUAUACAUAGCUAAAAAUAAUUAAAAAAAAAGGGAAAAAAAAAUGAAGAGAAAAGAAACAAAUAUUUUAUGAUAGUUUUUUAAUCGGUUUGAAUUCACUCCAGUGUGGAUUCAUUUUAAUAAAAUCUUCUAUUUUAACAAAAUAUUUAUCAUAUAAUAAUGAAAAGUGCAAUAGUUUUUAUAUUACAAUAAAUGUGUAAUAUUUAUUAAAUGUUUUACGUUGAAUUAAUUAAUUUUGUUCAUAUAUAUAUAUACAUUAGUUACUGUUAGUAAAUAUAGUAAAAAAUUGUAUAGCAAAAAAUGUAUAUUGUUUUAUGGGUAUCUUUCUUAUGUGAUUGAUAAUAAUUUCUCACUGUAUUCAUGUUAAUUAAACAAUUAUUCCAAUUAUGUAAUGAAAAAAAAAUAGUUUCAAAGAUUUUAAUUAAGUUUGUCAUAUAUGUGCCCAAAGUGCCAUUGCUAAAUAAGUAAUCAAAAUGAUCUUGUUAAAUGAUAUUUUUAUACAUAUCCUGAAAUAAAAUAAAUUAAUAACGUUAUUAAAACAGAUUGAAAAGAAAAAAACCAUGAUAAUGAUGUUAUAUUCUAAUAAAUAAUUAGAAAAAAAAAGAUCAUACGUGAAUUAAUAAUACCUAUAAAUCCAAAGUAGAUAAGAGAAAAUAAAAAAGAAUUAUUUCUAUCUUAGAUUUAUACUUUAUUAAUAUUCUAGUUAAAAUAUUUUCAACUAAUUGUUUCACUUGACAUGCUCAGAAUAAUUUAUUUCUCUUUAGAAAGGUACAUAACCAAAUAUAUCCACGAUAUCGAUAUUAUUACAUCGGUAGUAGUACAUAAAGCUAAAACACUUUUGUACUAUUGAAUAUUACAUGUGGACCCAACGAAUAAUUUACUUGUGCAUUAUCGCACACUAUAUGUAAAUGAAUUAUUGCUACACUACUUACAAACAUGGUAAAAAUUAGACAUUAUAUUAAUGUAUAUAAUUUA